CAUAUUGAUUAGAGUGGAGUUUUCAGUGUAGCAAUUAGUCCAGUUUUGAACUUUUCAUGUGGUGCAGGUUUUUGCAUCCGUUGGUCUAUGGAGACUAUCCUAGAGUAAUGAAGAAGAAUGCUGGGUCAAGGAUUCCAGUCUUCACCAAUGUAGAAUCUGAUCAAGUGAAAGGUUCAUUUGACUUCAUUGGGAUAAAUUUUUAUGCCACAUUCUAUAUUAAGGACAAUCCGAGCAGUGUAGAUGUGGAACUGAGAGAUGUUAACGCAGAUAUGGCUGCAAAAAUGAUCCCUUUCGAACAGAAUGCAUCAGUAUUUGAGUUUCCUGUUACACCUUGGGGUCUAAAAGGAGUGCUGGAGUAUGUGAAGCAAACUUAUGGCAACCCUCCUGUCUACAUCCAUGAAAAUGGUCUCUCUCACUCUUAUACACAUGCACGCACGCACACACACACAUUUAAAUAGACAGUCAUUUGACAUGGACGGAUACUGUUUGAAUGAAUUUCAACUGCUUGAAUCUCACUUCAGGAUCUUUUUCGUUUUUAAAAUUCAGAACAAAGGAAUGACCAUAAUAAGACAUUGGAUCAUGGCCUACUAAAAUUUAUCAAUUAAUAACUGGUUUAUUUUCCUCAAAAUUUAUGAAUUAUUAUUAUGCUUUAGUUUUCAACUCUGCUUUAGUUUUCAACUCACCUCAAUAGGUAAAGCUUAUAUAUGAUUGGUAGAUAUGAUCAGGAAAUUAGUAUCUAAUAAGCAACAGGCCAAUCAUAGGAUAAGUA